UGUUGAGAUCGUCGUUGUAUGAGACGUCUCACUGCAUUGAUCUAAUGAAAUUUCAGUAGUAUCUUAGAGGGAGACGUAAAAACAACGCCUUAUAAAAGGGAACAGGAGCCUUUUCUAGCUCAAUUGCUGUGACAGACUCACAAAGAUUCCUAUCAGAACCCCAACUCGCUUCACAAGACAGACUCCAUCAGCUUACCAUACUUGAACUCAACAUGACUCGAACUACUCUGCUUGACCGAGAUUGCGUUGUCACCGAUCGAGGAGGCAUUAUCGAAAACACGCACGGUGUACACAUCGCCGUAACGGAUACAGAGGGUAACAUCCUCUUCUCAGCUGGGAACCCCUCUCGUGUUACCCAUUCGCGAUCCGCAGCCAAGCCUGCCCAAGCCGUAGCUGUGAUCGAGACUGGUGCAGUUGAUAAAUUUGGAUUCGAUGAGACUGACCUUGCUCUCAUGUGUGCCUCGCACUCAAGUGAAGAUUUUCACAUCGCGCGCGCCAAGAACAUGCUGAGCAGGAUUAAAGCAGGGGAAGAUGAUCUUCGAUGUGGCGGUCAUCCUGCAGUUUCUGAAGAGGUGAACCGUGAGUGGAUAAAGACUGGGUUUGAGCCAACGGGAAUCUGCAAUAAUUGCUCCGGGAAGCAUGUUGCCAUGAUGGCCGGUGCUGAAGCGUUGGGAGCUGAUGUCAAAGACUAUCAUCUGCCGGACCAUCCUAUGCAACUUGAAGUCAAAAGAGUCGUCGACGACCUGGCACAUGAUCCGAAGCAAGUGGAAUGGGGUGUUGAUGGAUGCAAUCUUCCAGCACCAGCAUAUCCUCUGUUCUAUCUCGCACAAAAAUAUGCAACCUUCGCCGAUGCCGCGGACGCUGUCGAGGCAUCGUCACCGACGAGUCAAAGGACCCAAAAUUUCGCACGUAUAUUCAACGCCAUGACGAAGCAUCCAGAGCAAGUUGGCGGAACAGGACGUUUCUGUACAGUGCUCAUGCAGAGCUAUCAAGGGCAACUGUUUGGCAAAGUUGGUGCUGAUGCGUCUUAUGGAAUAGGCGUUCGAGAGUCUGAAGAUACUCGGCGCCUUGGGGCGAAAGGGGGACUUGGAAUAGCCGCAAAGAUCGAGGACGGUAAUCUUGAGAUCCUCUAUGCGGUUGUUCCAGAGAUUCUCGAACAGCUAGGAAUCGGUACCCCGGAGCAAAGAGGGAGACUAGAUGGUUUUCAUCAUCUUCAGCGGAGGAAUACCAUGAAUGAAGUAACAGGGCGUGUGAGGUUCAAUUUCAAAGUACGACCAUUAGGGGAUAGAGUGGACUAGAGCUCUGGGUAUCUCGGCAGGCAAUGAAGAUGUUGUGUUGGGAGGAAUUGAUAUUGAACAAGUCACAAGGUGAAUGCUGAUUGGUGGUAAAAGAAUAUCCCGGGACUAAAUUUCAAGUGCAAGGGUCAUGUUAGUCGACCAGCGUACACUGGUCUACUGCUUCAAGUAUGAUAUUUGCCUAAAGGCGAUAGUAGCAUUAGUGCCACGGAAUAAGAGCAUUUGUAACAAGCGUGUUCUUACCAGAUAUUUCUAGAGUUUGACCACUUUGUAUCUCUUUGCCUGCUGGCGCCCCUACCAAGUCUGUCUAUCAUGCACAGAAGCUUCGCUAGUUGCAAAAGCUCAAACCCCUUCAGAAUUCCCGAUCCGAAUGGCUUUAGAUCGAAACAAUAAUUCUCUACACAAGGAUCUGAGUCUCCUUCCC